AUGUCAGGCAGACAGGCCAGGUACAUCAAUGCAGAAUCAGCUGUUGAGGACAAACCCAUGCAAGGUUCAAGGUAUCCCCAAGUGGUGCUGGGAGUUACUGUGGAUGAAGUGAAGCCAGUGAGAGAGGGAGAGACUGUUACUCUACACACUGGUUUUACUGGACUACAGAGUGAUGAUCAGAUACUGUGGUCAUAUGGACCUGUGGAUCCUAAUAUAAUAAUAGUUAACAGUCAAGUCCUGAGAGGAAACAUUAUAACAGAUUACAGGGAUAGAUUCAGAGACAGACUGGAGCUUGACAGACAGACUGGAUCUCUCACCAUCAGGAACAUCAACAUCACAGACUCUGGAGUUUAUAAAGUAACAGUCAUCAAUUUGGAGGUUUCAUCCCGAAGGUUCUAUUACACUGUCCAUGCUACUGUUCCUGCUCCUCACAUCAGAGUCAGUCAGAGUCACUCAGCAGGAAGUGGAUCGUCUGGUCCAAAGUGUUCAGUGGUGUGUUCAGUGGAGAAUGGGAGAGAUGUGACUCUGUCCUGGUACAAAGGGAAAGAGAUACUGAAGCAGACCAGCAGCCCUGAACUUAACACCAUAGUCUCUCUUCCUCUGAAGAUAGAAGAUCAGGAUCAUAAUAUCUACAGCUGUGUAGCUGCUAACCCAGUCAGCAACCAGACAACACAACUCAACCUUGGAAUGUUCUGUACCACAUUUGUCACAAGUUCGGCAAGAGACAACGACAAGGUUUUACAGGGAGCUCAGGAGACGUGA